AUGACGCAGCUACAAGCAGUGGUCCUUGAGAUCCGCCAGUGCUGUUUCAUGAUAUGCUGCAUUGUGGCCAGUCCUGAGGUAAACAAAAGCCAGCAACAACAUCCUCAAAAUGUGUACCAUGACAUCGGUGUUACCAGAAACAAGAUUGUGACGGCACAGUUCGAGUGCUAUCAGAAGAUCAUGAAGGACAGCAGUCAAGACAGAAGUGUUGGCCCGGUGUGCAACAGGACCUGGGAUGGAUGGUUGUGUUGGGACGACACAGAGACCAGCGUCACUUCUGAGCAACACUGCCCUGAUUAUUUCCAGGAUUUUGACCCUACAGAAAUGGUCACCAAAAUAUGUACAGAAAGCGGGCAGUGGUUCUUGCAUCCUGAGAGUAAUCGCACGUGGACAAAUUUCACCAGAUGUAAUUUGCACACUACUGAAGGACGCAGGACCGCAAUGAAUUUGUUCUACUUGGCGCUAAUUGGUCAUGGGCUCUCUUUAACAUCUUUGUUCAUCUCGCUAGGCAUAUUCUUUCAUUUCAAGAGUUUGAGCUGCCAGAGAAUUACCCUGCACAAAAACCUUUUCUUUUCCUUUGUAUUAAACUCCAUCAUCACUAUCAUUUGGUUAACAGCAGUGGCAAACAACCAAGAACUAGUUCAGGAAAACCCAAUCAGCUGCAAAGUAUCACAGUUUAUCCAUCUGUACAUCUUUGGAUGCAACUACUUCUGGAUGCUUUGUGAAGGGAUUUACUUGCACACACUCAUUGUUGUGGCAGUUUUUGCUGAAAAACAGCAUUUAAUGUGGUAUUACCUUCUUGGAUGGGGUUUCCCUCUUAUACCUGCUACAAUACAUGCCGUAGCCAGAAGUUAUUACUACAAUGAUAAUUGUUGGAUCAGCUCAAAUACUUCUCUGCUAUACAUUAUUCAUGGCCCUAUCUGUGCAGCACUGCUGGUGAACUUGUUCUUUCUGCUGAACAUCGUACGAGUUCUCAUCACCAAACUGAAAGUGACGCAUCAAGCAGAGUCUAGUCUGUAUAUGAAAGCUGUCCGAGCCACCCUCAUUCUGGUUCCACUGCUGGGCAUCCAGUACGUUCUCCUCCCAUACAAACCUGGGGGACGCAUGUCUGCUGAAAUCUAUGACUACAUCAUGCAUAUCCUAAUGCAUUAUCAGGGACUGUUGGUGGCCACAAUCUUCUGCUUUUUCAACGGAGAGGUCCAAGCAGUUUUGAGAAGGCACUGGAAUCAGUACCGCAUACAGUUUGGAAGCGCCAUCAUACAAUCUGAUGCUCUGAGGUCUGCGUCAUACACGGCGUCCUCCAUUACGGAGGUCCAGGGCUGUUACAGCAUCGACGGCCACACAGAACACUUGAAUGGCAAAAACUGCCAUGACAUUGACAACUGCACCUUAAAGCCGGAGAAUCCUUUUGCCUGAUGCCACUGAACGUGGCAGUAUGCCGCUUAAAAAAAAAAAAAAAACAUUUUUUUUCAACGGCUGAAUUGGACCGUUUUACCCAUAAUUCACUGCUCAUUCUUUCUGAAGGGUGGAGAAAAGGCAUUUCUCCUAGAAUUUACACCGAAAAACAGUUGUCUACCUUCAUUUAAUGUUAAAUGGACAAAUAUAAGCAUUACUGGCCCUGUCUUUGUACUUUGCAGUAUUUUAGUUUGCUCGACGGCUGUGCGCAGUUGAAUCAAUAUUCAGCUCUUUUUUCAGAUUUCAUCUGUAAUGCACUUCUUUGUCUUAUAUUUGUCCCUGUAAUAAAAAAAAUGAAUUAUAUAUCUAAUCCAAAUCAUGACCACACUAAUGAGAAAUUUAUAUUUUUACUAAUAAACAAAACAAAACUAUAUGUAUGUUGAAAGAUAAAAAACUGAAAAGUGCCCAAAAGCCAGUGCCGCUUUUUCUUUUAUAAUAUUCAUUUAGUAACUAUUUUAAUGUAAUUCUGUUAUUUUCCUGUGAAGACAGUAUUAUAGCCAAUAUAUACAAUUGUUGUAUUUGUUCAUCUGGACAAGAACUAAAUGGAAGAUUAAAGAGUUUGUAUUUUUUAUUAUACUCAAUUUUGGUCGCUAUAAUGCUAUUUAUUGGAAGGGUUCAAAGUAAAUCCGUUAUUUGACUCAAAUCACAGAUAUAAUAAUUCAUAAACACGUGCUUUAGGGACCCCUAAAAAUGACACUGGAGAUUGGACCAUAAUUGAUGUAACAUUUCUAGGUUUAAUAAGAACUCAGUGUGAAGCCUUACAUUACGAAAACAAGCUCACCACUUUAUUUAAGAUAUAUUUCUCAACUUUUAUACUUAGUUUUUCACAGUUAAAUUUAUACUACACAUGCCACAUUUUCAGUGUUUUUGAUUUCAUAUUUCUUGCAGUGUUUAGUCAUGUACUUUUCUUUUAAUACAUGGCUUUUGUGAAAUAAAUGACAAUAACCCACUACCUAGAGUGUUACUCUGCAGCUUUUCCUAACAUGCUUGGAGUGUCUGAGAUAUUGCUCUCGUGUCAAAGCCCUGCCUUUCCUUUCACCCACUCUAUCGAAUUUCAAUUACAUUCCAUAUUAUUUGAAUAAUGUGCCCAGUGUUUAUGUCACAGCGUUACCUAAGCUCACUCCAUUUUAGACUUCUCUGACAAUCAACAAGGUUUCAUAAUGCUUAAAGGGAUAGUUCACCCAAAAAUGAAAAAUGUCUUUAUUUACUCACCUUCAUGAUGGUCCAAACUAGUACUGAAUGUGGACUCAAGGAGAAUUUGCAAUGAAUUGUAUGCCCCUCUUUCAAUAAUAGCUCAAUGUGGCCACAUCUGUCAAAAAA